AUGUCAACAGCAACUACUGAGGGUAUGCCAAUUAUAAUUGACACGAACUUAAAGCAAAGUUUCUUGAACAAUAACACUACAUUACGAUCUUCAAUAAGUUCUAAUAAUAACGUAGAUAUAAUACAAUUUGUUAAUUUAAUUAAAAAUGGGGAUUUUAAUAUGGCAAAAUCAUUCUUAUCAACACAUAAUUAUUGUACAACAAUCAUCAAUACAUUAGAAUUCAAAGAUUCUUUAAAGGAACACUUGAAUUCUUCCACAGAAUCUGACAUAGAGUUAUUUAACAAAGCAAACGACAUUUUAUAUGACCAUCUUAUUCAAUUGGCAGAAGUAAAAGCGCAAGAUCUAGAGAAAUUCAAUGAAGAAUACAUUCAAGCUUCUCUAAAACAUAACCUUCAUAAAACAGAUCCACAAGUACUUAAUUUAUAUAAUGAACUAUCAUGUAAAG